GGACAAUUAACAUUGCUAGCUCAUGGUUGCUCAACGCGCAUGGCCCCAUACGGCGAUCUAGAGGAUAUACAGGGUCGUCCCACGGGCACAUUUAAUUCACAGGUAUUGCAGGGUGGCGAAGCGGAGUUUGAAACGCGAACAUACUUGGUCGGGUUUGCUGCUCGCCAUCAUCAACAACCUCGACGCUUGCCAUUCCGACGUCUUAAGCGUACGGCUCCUUACCUUCUUUUAAACCACACAGUCUCUUCAAGUUACACUCCUUCCGACGUUAUUAUGGACCAGACUUUCGACGUUUCUGACAAACUUCAAGAAUCCAGUAUGGCAGCCAAACAGAGGUUUGAAUCGUUCAAGAUGGGUGGUGGCGCUCCAGCCAAUAGUUUAAACAAUUACAUUCCAAAACAUUCACAUGGACGAUCUCGCUCUCGCAACAGUUCAACCUCUUCUCUUGCAACAUUAUCUAUUUCUGCUUCUGCACCUUCAUUCCCCUCUCCAGUUGAAUUUUCUUUCAAUAAUGCACCUUCAAACGCACUUCCUCCAAAGCGCCCAAAUUCCCAUCACAGGCGUCGUUCUUCUGUAUCAACUCGCCGCGAGUCGGCAGAGCUUAUGGGCGUGUCCCUUCCUGACCUUCCAGCAGCUAAUUCAGAUGAUAACGUAAAUCUUGGCGACAGGGAUUCUAUUCGUCGCAGGGCACUCUGGGCUCUUGAGGGAAAGCCUGACCUUGCUUUCUCCAAGGUCGAAAUUCCUGAUAUCACGUCACCCAAUCUGUCAAAGUCUUUUGACUUCCCAACCAAGCCUGGGCAUAGUAUUAGUAGCCUCAUGAACAAGCGCGAUUCAUUCGGCAAACUCUUUACUUCUACUUCUAACUCCAAAGAUCAGCUUCAGACACUAGUUGAGGAGGAAGAAGAAGAGGAAGAGGAAUCCCAAGAAGAACGUCCCGCUCAAGUUGCCGAGGUUGUCGAGGAAUCUACGGAAGCUCCCGCUGUCCCACUCGUUACUCCAGCUUCUACAAUGACAAAAUCUGUUUCACGUCACCGUCCUGCCAGCCUUAAUCUCAGGCCCCUCUCUCUCGUUUCUGGAAAUGCUGUCAGUUGCACACCCGGAAAUCUACCCACGCCCACUCUUACGCCGCACCAUCCGCCCAAUGGUCUGAGAUCUCUCGCCUUGACAUCCGGCUCUGACACCUCGUUCACGAACGCCAAACUCACGAAAGGAAGCACGGAUUGCCACUCCACCACUGUCACGCCAUCUUCAUCCGGUUCCUUCAGUCUCACUUCACAUCGUUCUAUCUCAUCUGAAAGCUCUGAUAUCAGCAGGAAACGCAGCAGCAUUUCAUACAAACGCUCCGUUACUUCCAUUCCUCGUGACAUGGGUGUUUUGCCCACACCUGAUUCAACUCCUACCGACCGCCGGUUUUCAGAGUUAAACGAUUCCCUUGCCACAGCCGAGCAACAUUUUUUAUUUAGAUCGCACAAUCGCACGCUACGUUCGCGAUCGAUGUCCCGAUCGCAGGCUUCGGCAGCAUCAUCCGAGCCAAGCGACGAGAUGCUGCAGCUGAUUUCAGAUCUUAAGGCUGAGCGUGACGAGCUGAAGAGAGACGUAGAUGGAUGGCGCAUGCGCGUAGCUAAUGCAGAUAAACAAGCCGGCGUCCUAGCAAGGCGAGUUGAGGCUGAAAGAAGAGAAGCCUGGGUGGCUCGCUCGCGGCUUGGUCUACUGGAAGUCGAGAAGCGUAGCCUGGACAAGACCCUCGGUAAUUUGAAUGCCGAACUCCAGCAAUCAAUAAACCAGAGCGAGCAAUUUAAGAAGGAAUGUGAUGGUAUGAGGGAGGAACUGGACAGGUUGCGUGCUCGUCUCCGAGAUGCUGACAACGCAGUAAAUGAAGUCAUCCGCCUCCGCGCCGCACUCGAACAAGAGAGGACCAGGCGCGCCGAGCUAGAGAAAGUUCUAGAUGACGCCGGAUUGCUCAAUACUCCCACCAUUCCACUUUCUGUUGGUGGGCAGGACGAAAGUUCAGUACCUAGUCGGUCUUAUGACAUCCGUCCUCGUGGACUUGGCUUCCAGUCCAUCGACUCUGACGGUUCUUCGACUGAUGUCGAGUCUGUCGAUCACAGCUUUACCAAGGCUGAAUUGACCCUCGAUGCUGUCACAGAGGAAGAUGAGGAUGGGUACCAGGACAGCUGCGACUUUUCUGACGAGGAUGAGUUGGCCGGUUACGAAGAUGCAGAAGACUCUGACAUCAGUUUUCAGAGUCCAGAUGGCUCAUCCAUCGGCUCCGCGGGCGAACUCGACCUCAAGCCAGUCUCAGUCCUGAACGAGGCUACAAACCGACUCAACUCAUUGUCCAAACCAGCUUCGUCGAGGUCUUCGCAUUCUCGACACAAUUCACUAUCUAAGACGUGGACAUUCCCCAGGGGCCAGCCUCUCACAGUCAAGCGUGAUGUUGAUGAGGUCGACCGAUUCUUUGGAUGCCUCGAUGACGCUGAAAACUCCCCUCCACUUGGUUCUGAGGAGAUGGGCAAAGCGAUGUUCACAUCGACAUUCGGUCUUUCCUACGAUGAUGACGAUGAGUUGCCACCUUUUGUCAUCCCUUCAGACGUUGGCACUGUCGUCGAUUCGACGUCGAGGAGCCUUGAUAUUGUGAUGGAGGAAGACGAAGAUGAUGAAGGCGACGCUGAUGACGAGAAUGAUGGCGAACUCCAUGGCGAGGAAGUUGAGGGCGGGAUCCGUUUCACAUUCAACCCUCCGCCAACUGUCUGCGGUCCUCCUCCUGUUAUCUGCAUCACGCCUCCAACUGAUUCCGAAUCGGUAUCUGCUGCGAGAAAACCUGUCCUUAUCUAUGAGCCUUUUGAUGAUGAGGAAGAUGAUGCUUUCCCCUUCACUUUCCCCCAGCGCAGAGUACAGGAGCCGAUCACUCCACCGUCCUCUUCACCACCAACUUCGGAGAGCAGCAGCCGUCCAUCAAGCCGAACAAGUAGCUCUCCAUCGUCAAUUCCUCGUGCAACUUCACUGCGCUCAUUCAUGCCACUCACACCGCCCUCUUCUGCUACACCACUCAGAAGCGCGAGUGAUCGUUUUAAUGCACAGGCAGACUGUCCGACGACAUCAUUUGUUACCCCUCCGUCACGGCGCGGCGGGACCACCUCAUCCUUCAUUCCUCAACCAGUCUCGCCAUCGCCAUCGAAGAUUUUCAGUCCUUCAAAAUCCCGCGUUCCUGUUCCGCUGAUGCUCAACGGUGCAACUCUCAGAUAUUACGACACCUCUGAGAAGAUAGCAGAAGCGAAAUCAGAUUCCUCCGACACUUGUGAAUACCUUGAUCAACACGCCUCGACUUCAUCUUUAUCGUCAAUUAUGCAUUCACCGCUCGCGGCACGAUUUUCAUUCCAGACAUUGUCAAAUUUUAUUCCCCUCUCGUGGACGCCGGGUGCGGCUGCGAUUGCAUCGCGCACUGUACCUGGGACCUCAGUUGGCUCGACUGAUGAUGUUGCAGAGGCAGCAUCAUCAUUUUCUAGUGCCUGUCCUGGUGUACAACGCUCGAUUGAGAGGAGAUUUGUUUCCAGGGAUCAGCAAUUGGAGAAGCUGAGGAAUCGACUGGGCAAUAACCAUAUUAACGGCAUAGGACGCUGUCUUGCGGUCGCUCCUUGCGGUGCUGGCAAGGGUGCCAAUAUUUUCUUGUGAACAACCCUGCUAGUAUGUUGCCCGAUAUAUGCUUGUCCUAGCCCAUGUCUUUUUCUUUCCUAUGUUCCUCCUACUCCUACCCCUACAUCUCCGAUUGACGUGUCACAUACUCUCACAUCCCCCUCAUUUUUCUUUGUCGUGUUAUGACUGCCCGGAGGGGCAGGUCAUGUUAUCCUGUGCCAAUAUUGUUGUCUUUGUAUUAUAUUAUUACGUACCUUCUAAGAACAUCUGAGGAAUGUCCUCAUUCAUGCUCAUAUUUUUUAUGCAUUUCUUGGGUCUCA